AAAAAAAAAAAAAGAAUCUAGAUGCUGCUGGUGAAGGGGCUCUCUGUAGGUACCAUGUUGGGCUGUGAAGGUGGCAAAAAGAAGCCCCUGAAACAGCUCAAAGAGAUGGACGAGGAAGAUAUGGCUUUCAAGCAGAAACAAAAAGAGAAGAAACUCAAGAAGCUAAAAGCCAAGGCCGUGGGGAAGGGAUCCCUGGCCACAGGUGGAAUUAAGAAAUCUGGCAAAAAGUAAGCUGUUCCUCACAUCUGAGAUGAUGGUGACCCUCUUCCAUUCCUAUUUAAACAUCUGGAUUCUCUGCCAUAACAUCUUUGCCACCUACAGCUAGAAUGAAGUGUUAUCCUGGAGCCUGUUAAACAUUUGGAUUCCUUACUAUAAUAACAUAUUUGCCACCUAUAGUUAGAAUGAAGUGUUAUCCUGGAGACUAUUGUACAUUUUAAUAAACUGUUGCUAAAAGAGGAAAAAAAAACUAGCUGGGUGGUGGUGGCGUAAGCCUUUAAUCCCAGCACUCA